AUGGCUACUCAGAUGAGCAAGAAGAGAAAGUUUGUAGCUGAUGGAGUGUUCUUUGCGGAGCUGAAUGAAGUGUUGACACGUGAGCUUGCGGAGGAUGGAUAUUCUGGAGUAGAGGUCAGGGUUACACCCAUGAGAACUGAGAUUAUCAUCCGUGCUACUCGCACUCAAAAUGUUCUCGGUGAGAAAGGGAGGAGGAUCAGGGAGCUGACCUCUGUGGUACAAAAGAGGUUCAAGUUUCCAGAGAACAGUGUGGAGUUGUACGCGGAGAAGGUUAACAACAGGGGGCUGUGUGCUAUUGCCCAGGCUGAGUCCCUCAGAUACAAACUCCUCGGUGGCCUUGCUGUCAGGAGGGCAUGCUACGGUGUUUUGAGAUUCGUUAUGGACAAUGGAGCCAAGGGUUGCGAGGUUAUUGUCAGCGGGAAGUUGAGAGCUCAGCGUGCUAAAUCCAUGAAGUUCAAAGAUGGCUACAUGAUUUCUUCUGGUCAACCAGUGAAGGAAUACAUUGACUAUGCUGUUAGACAUGUUCUCCUUAGACAGGGAGUGCUUGGAAUCAAGGUGAAGAUCAUGCUCGACUGGGAUCCCAAAGGAAAGCAAGGUCCAACAACUCCUCUUCCAGAUCUGGUCACAAUUCAUCCUCCAAAGGAAGAAGAGUACAUCAGGCCAGCUGUGCUGCCAACUGAAGUUGAGAUUGAAGUAUAG